AUGUCACGCUACCAGCAACUUGUUAACGAAUCCAGCAACAACAGUCAGCAACAACAGCAGCAGCAGCAGAAGGAGCAACAGUGUCAGAGGUUGCCACAAUCACCCAGUGUUGGCUAUCAUCUCUAUUUGUAUCGAGAGCAACUCGCCCGUCGCAAUGUCGAAUAUAUGCGACUGUCCAAAGCCAAGUACUUCAUUACCGAAACGCUUUUGGCCAAGACGGUGCGUAAUCUGAAGGGCGCCACCGUCGACGAGCUGAAGACAGUCAACAAUCAGAUUGUGUUCAAACACAAGCUGCGUCAUCAAAUUCAUCGUCUGCGCACAUUGAAAUCCCUCGGCUAUCGGAAUCCCAAUCCGAACAUGGAGAGCACCGAACUGUAA